AUGAGAUAUGGCGGAAUUCAAGGGAGUCAAGCACUUCUAUGCCGCGCAAGAGCUGGUAAUUUAGAACGCUGGUUGAGACGGAGCCGCCUGAGCAAACCCACUGUCGAUGGUAGACAACUCACUGCUAUCUGGACGGGGCAACGAUGGUCCAGCGCUACUCCCGACUCUUCAAACCUAGCCCCGAGGCAGAAAGAUGAGACAGGAGCACAAAUACCAACUACGGUACCUAACCUGCCUUCUAGAAAAUGGUCGACUCCUCUAGCGAAGACGAUUGCGCAGGCGAUUGAGGUGACUGGACCAGUCUCAAUUGCUUCUUAUAUGCGACAGUGUCUCACCAACCCCGAUGGCGGUUACUAUACCACGAAGCGGCCAUCCACAGAUCCUACAGACCAGUUCGGUACUGCCGGUGAUUUCGUCACUUCUCCAGAAAUAUCACAAGUAUUUGGUGAACUAGUGGGGAUAUGGUUCAUGACAGAAUGGAUGGCGCAAGGCCGUUUGAAAGAAGGGGUUCAAUUCAUCGAAAUGGGACCGGGCAGAGGCACCUUGAUCAGCGAUGUCCUUCGGACUGUCGGGCAAUUUCAGACUUUCGCCAAAGCCAUACAGGCAGUCUGGCUGGUUGAAGCAGGGCCAGACCUGAGACUGAAGCAGAAAAAUCUGCUGUGCGGUGAACAGGCGGAGAUGAAAGAAAUCACUGAUAACAGUGGUAAGAACAAAUGGUGGGAGGCCACAAGUAAACAGGGAAUCCCGGUUAGAUGGGUCGAGGAUAUUGUCUUGCUACCCGAAAGCGGAGCCAGUAUGCCAUUCAUCAUUGCCCAUGAAUUUUUUGACGCGCUGCCAAUUCACGCGUUUGAGUCUGUUGCACCAAAACCAGAAGAGCAGCGCCGCGAUGGUGCAGAGGCUCUGUCGAACGGCCAGAGUCAGCCAGCUCCGAAGCCUUCUAUGGCUAGUAAACUUCCCCAAUGGAGGGAGUUACUUGUGGCACCGACCAACGCAAAGUUCAGCAUUCCUCUGCCAUCUGACUCUAUUAAGAAAGAAGAGAACAAGGAGCCAGAGCCGGAUUUCCAGCUCACACUUGCGAAGUCAAGCACUCCGAGCUCUCUAGUAAUCCCUGAACGGCCAAGGUAUCGUGCUCUCAAAGCACAACCGUCUUCGCGCGUUGAAAUUUCGCCAGAAAGUUCAAGAUAUGUGAACGCCUUUGCCAAACUAAUUGGUGGUGAGACUCAAAAGCCAUCUUCAGGUGAGCCUAUGCCCAAGGCUGCAGGCGCUGCUCUUGUCAUCGACUACGGACCGCUCGACACCGUUCCGAUCAACUCUCUCCGUGGUAUUCGCAAGCAUAAGGUCAUCUCGCCGUUCGUACACGCGGGGGAUGCAGAUAUCAGUGCCGAUGUCGACUUUGAAGCGCUUGCAGACGCUGCACUCGAAGCUAGCUCGAAUGUCGAAGUGCACGGACCGGUCGAGCAGGGAGCAUGGCUGUCACAGCUGGGGAUCCAAGAACGAGUGCAACGACUCUUGAAGGCGGCAGAGAAAGAAACUUCUGGGGACGAGUCCGAAAAGAAACGACGAGAGCUCGAUGCCGGAUGGAAACGUCUGGUCGAAGGCGGACCCAAAGGCAUGGGAAAGGCAUAUAAGGUAAUGACCAUUGUGCCUGAAAAUAGCGGGAAAAGGAGACCUGUUGGUUUUGGCGGUGGCGUCGUUGGCUAA